CUGAUCCCUCCAGCUCGAAUAUUAGCUAGAGAUGGACCAAAUACAUUAUCUCCACCAAGAACCACACCAGAAUGGGUAAAAUUUUGUAAAAAUUUAUUUGGUGGAUUUGCGCUAUUACUUUGGGUUGGCGCGUUUCUUUGCUAUGUUGCCUACGCUGUGGAUUAUUUUAGUAUGGAACAUCCAAUCAAGGACAAUCUCUAUCUUGGGAUCGUAUUGAUGACUGUUGUUGUGAUUACUGGUUGUUUUCAAUAUUACCAAGAGAGUAAAAGUUCAAAGAUUAUGGAAUCUUUCAAGAAUCUUGUUCCAACUUUUGCUUUGGUAUACCGUGAUGGAGAAAAAGAGCAAGUGCGUACGGAAGAUCUGGUAGUUGGUGAUAUCGUGGAAGUAAAAGGGGGUGACCGUGUACCCGCUGAUCUUCGUGUAAUUUCUGCAUCUGGAUUUAAAGUGGAUAAUUCUUCACUAACGGGAGAAUCAGAACCACAAGCUCGUUCCUCUGAAUGCACCAACGAAAAUCCUCUGGAAACGAAAAAUAUUGCUUUUUUCUCAACUCACGCUGUAGAAGGAUCUUGUAAAGGCAUUGUGAUCUAUACUGGCGAUAGAACAGUCAUGGGUCGGAUCGCGCAUUUAGCAUCAGGUCUAGACACGGGCAAAACUCCGAUUGCUCGAGAAAUCGAGCAUUUCAUCCAUUUGAUAACCGGUGUUGCCGUUUUUCUUGGUGUUACCUUCUUCAUAAUUGCAUUUGUAUUGGGAUAUCAUUGGCUAACCGCUGUCGUCUUCCUCAUAGGCAUCAUUGUGGCUAAUGUUCCGGAAGGAUUAAUCGCGACAGUAACAGUAUGCUUGACGCUAACAGCAAAACGUAUGGCAUCAAAAAACUGUUUGGUGAAGAAUUUAGAAGCUGUGGAAACGCUUGGUUCCACGUCAACAAUCUGCUCAGACAAGACUGGAACUUUGACACAAAAUCGUAUGACUGUUGCACAUAUGUGGUAUGAUAUGGCAAUUGAAGAAUGUGAUACCACUGAAAAUCAGUCAGGUGUGCAACAAGUAAUUGCUAAAGGCAGCACAUUGUCGUCCCUUAGUCGGAUUUGUGCCUUAUGCAGUCGAGCAGAAUUUAGGCCUGGACAGGAAGAUGUUCCUAUUCUUCGUCGCGAAUGCACGGGUGAUGCAUCAGAAAUUUCGCUUCUGAAGUACAGCGAAUUAACAUUAGGAGAUGUUGCUGGUUAUCGUGCAAAAUUUCGAAAAAUCGCUGAGAUUCCAUUUAACUCCACUAAUAAAUAUCAGGUAUCUAUUCAUGAAACUGAUGAUUUGGAUGAAUCAUAUCUGUUGGUAAUGAAAGGUGCGCCGGAACGAAUCUUAGAUCGCUGUUCAACAAUGAUGAUUAAGGGAGAAAUAGUCCCUUUGGAUGAUACUCGUCGAAAAUUAUUUGAAGAAGCAUAUUUGCAGCUAGGUGGCAUGGGUGAACGUGUGCUUGGAUUCUGUGAUUAUCGUCUAGACAGUAAAGAUUAUCCUAAAGGUUACAAAUUUGAUGUAGAUGAAGUCAAUUUUCCUGUAGAAGGUUUAUGUUUUAUCGGUUUAGUAUCUAUGAUUGACCCUCCACGAGCUGCUGUACCAGACGCUGUCGCUAAGUGUCGAUCAGCUGGCAUCAAAGUUGUGAUGGUUACGGGUGAUCAUCCAAUCACAGCUAAAGCUAUUGCGAAGUCAGUCGGAAUUAUUUCAGAAGGAUCAAAAACAGUUGAAGAUUUAGCAAUUGAACGUAACUGCACUGUAGAGGAAAUAAAUCCUAAUGAGGCGGACGCAGCUGUAAUUCACGGCACUGAUUUACGUGAAAUGUCAGAGGAACAGCUGGCUGAUGUUAUUGCUCAUCAUCGCGAAAUAGUCUUCGCACGUACAUCACCACAGCAAAAGUUAAUGAUUGUCGAAGGAUUCCAACGUCAGGGACAAAUUGUCGCAGUUACUGGUGAUGGUGUCAAUGAUUCUCCAGCAUUGAAACGUGCUGAUAUUGGAGUGGCAAUGGGAAUUGCUGGUUCUGAUGUCUCCAAGCAAGCAGCUGAUAUGAUUUUAUUGGACGAUAACUUUGCGUCAAUUGUGGUUGGUGUUGAAGAAGGCCGAUUGAUUUUUGAUAAUCUCAAAAAGUCUAUCGCAUAUACGUUGACAUCAAAUAUUCCGGAAAUAUCUCCUUUUCUCACUUAUAUUUUGCUCGGCAUUCCGCUACCUCUUGGUACCGUAACAAUAUUAUGUAUUGACCUUGGAACAGACAUGGUACCAGCCAUAUCACUUGCGUAUGAAGAAGCAGAAUCAGACAUUAUGAAGCGUCAACCACGUGAUCCUGUCCAUGACAAACUUGUUAAUGAACGGCUGAUUUCGCUGGCUUAUGGACAAAUUGGAAUGAUUCAAGCAUCAGCAGGUUUCUUUACCUACUUCUGGAUUAUGGCUGAUAAUGGAUUUUGGCCCAGUCGUUUGUACCAGUUACGAGCUCAGUGGGAUUCGCGUGCUUUUAAUUCUUUAGAAGAUUCUUAUGGACAAGAAUGGACAUAUGCAAACCGUAAGAUUCUGGAGUACACGUGUCAGACAGCGUACUUUGUAUCUAUAGUGGUUGUUCAGUGGGCUGAUUUAAUUAUUUCAAAAACACGGCGUAAUUCUUUGGUACAACAAGGAAUGAGUAAUUGGACAUUGAACUUUGGGCUAGUUUUCGAGACUGCUCUAGCUGCUUUUAUGUGCUAUUGCCCAGGAUUAGACAAAGGUCUUCGUAUGUAUGGAUUAAGGUUAGUUUUUUUCUUGGAAUAA